UAGGGACGUCAGUCGCGGGAAGUUGUGUUGACAGGAGCGGCAGGAGUUGUCAGCAACGGACCCGAAUGGAGAGCUUAACAAGCACCGAAUAAACACCUUAUAAUCAAUUAUACGUAGAGAUCACCGGAUUAAGUAGACGGCAAUAUGGCGGAGGAGCAGAGCCCUCAGAUUUGGUCCAUCGACAAAGAUGACUACGUCCUGAAUGAGGUUAUUGGAAGUGGAGCCACUGCUGUGGUCCAAGCAGCCUAUUGCAAGCCCAGCAAGGAGAAGGUGGCUAUAAAACGUAUCAAUCUGGAAAAAUGUCAGACAAGCAUGGAGGAGCUUCGGAAAGAGAUCCAAGCAAUGAGUCAGUGCCACCAUCCCAACAUAGUUUCCUAUUAUACUUCGUUUGUGGUGAAGGAUGAGCUGUGGUUAGUGAUGAAGCUGCUCAGUGGGGGCUCGGUAUUGGACAUCAUCAAACACAUCAUAUCCCGUGGCGAGCACAAGAAUGGAGUUUUGGAUGAGGCCUGCAUUGCCACCAUCCUCAAAGACGUACUUGAGGGCCUGGAAUAUCUUCACAAGAACGGACAAAUCCAUCGUGAUCUAAAGGCUGGAAAUAUUCUCCUUGGGGAAGAUGGCUCAGUGCAAAUUGCUGAUUUUGGUGUGAGUGCCUUUCUAGCAGCCGGCGGUGACAUGACAAGAAACAAAGUCCGGAAGACUUUUGUGGGGACUCCUUGCUGGAUGGCACCUGAGGUCAUGGAACAGACCAACGGCUAUGACUUUAAAGCUGACAUCUGGAGCUUCGGGAUCACGGCUAUUGAGUUGGCUACAGGGGCUGCACCAUAUCACAAAUACCCCCCAAUGAAGGUGUUGAUGCUAACCCUGCAGAACGACCCACCCUGUCUGGAGACCGGCAUCACUGACAAGGAGAUGGUAAAGAAGUAUGGCAAGUCCUUCAGGAAGAUGAUCUCCCUAUGUUUACAGAGAGAUCCAGAAAAAAGGCCUACUGCAGCUGAGUUACUCAAGCACAAAUUCUUCACAAAAGCCAAGAACAAUGACUACUUGUACGAAAGGCUCCUCCAGAAAGGACCUUCAAUAUCUGAGCGAUCAAAAAAGGUUAGACGAGUGCCUGGAUCCAGCGGCCGCCUCCACAAGACGGAGGACGGAGGAUGGGAAUGGAGUGACGAUGAGCUGGAUGAGGAGAGUGAGGAGGGCAAAGCUGCUGUGGCAGCUCUGCGGUCACCCAGAGUGAGGGACGGAUCCCAGAAUAAUGAGCUUUUUCCACCAACAGAGGGCUCCACUGGGAGCCUCCAGCCUCCAGGAUCAGUGGGUGAGAGCGCUGUGACUCAAGCUGGACAAGAUGCAAUGUCCCAGGCCCAUGCUCAACCGACAAGUCCUUCACACGCACCAACUGCACAGUUACAGGUAGUGGAAGCCACCGAUGACAGCAUCCCCAUCCGCCUGGUCCUGAGAUUGCGGAACACGAAAAAAGAGCUGAAUGACAUCAAGUUUGAGUUCAUGUCAGGCAGAGACUCUGCUGACGGGGUUUCUCAGGAGUUGGUCUCUGCUGGACUGGUAGAUGGGAGGGACUUGGUCAUUGUUGCUGCCAAUUUGCAGAAGAUUGUUGACGAUCCUCAUAGUAACAACAAUGUGACGUUCAAACUGGCCUCCGGCGUGGACGAGUCCGAAAUCCCAGACGACAUUAAACUCAUCGGCUUCGCACAGCUGAGCAUCAUUUAAGACCAGUCGUGCUUUUGCAGAGUUUGAAGUCCAAUUCUAAGGUACCACUACUGCCAAAGAGAGGAGGGGGGCGCCAGCAGGAGUGCGAUUCGACCGCAGGACUCGACACGUCUCUGCUGAUCACAGAAACGUUUACAGUGCGCUUAUGAUCGGGAGAAGAGAUGCAAUCAUACAAGACGACUCCAUGUUUAUCUUUUUCCAUUGGUAAGCACAAUCCACCGUCUCCUGCCAGAACUGGAAGAUUUGCCUUCUUUAAGAAAACAGUGCCACAAGAGUGUCGUGCCAUCUCUAACUGGCACUUUAGCUGAGGAGUGGGAUCCAGCCUUAGUUGUAGUUUGCCCCUGUGCUAUUUGAUGGCUGUCAGUCGGUGGUUAUGGGCUCUAAUCCGUGAAAUCAUAUCAGAGGAGACGCAAUCGACUUGCGACCAAAUUGUAAUGAAAUGAAGUGAGAUGUUGUGGGAGUCUUCCUUUCUCUGAGGCAUCAGUGGUUUUGGACCAAAAACCAAAGACGUUUGUCGAUGCACUCCUGAAGUUUACUCCUUUAAAUUUAACAAUUGAAAUCCAAGUCAUUCAUUCUAUGCAAUAGUUGUGUGUUGGCACCUCGUGGUCACCUGCCUGUAGUGCUUCCAGUUGGGUCACAGCGCAGCCAGAAUCUCACUUUAUUCCUGAUCACGCAGUGUUGGAGGAAUCCUGAGUGCUGGAGUUUUCACAUGCUUCAUUGAUCCCAGGCAAGAGCUUUACAAACUCUUGUAAACUUGAGUUUACCAUUCAAAAAUGGCACGUCACUUUUUUUUUUUUUUUUUUAAACCUGCUUUUAAUAAUGUGAUCGCAUGGUUUCACUGUCUGGCAAAUGCUACUCCUCCAAAUAAUUGAUACGUAUUUUAAUCACAGGUUUUAUCUAAGGCCUCGGAUUUGGAACCAAAGAAUCAUUCUGUAAAUGAAUGCUAGUUGAAAAUAAUAAUUGGAUUGCUGAUCAUUUCUAAUCUCAAAGGUUUACCUCAAGUUUAGUGUAGAGGUUUUAAAAAUAUUUCUAAUUUUAAACAAACAAGCUCUAAGUUGUGUUACCAUGCACCGACAAAGUUCUCAGUUACUGAUGGUGGAGCCUAAUCCACGGGUCUCGGUGAAGUAAUGAAUCUAGAGGGACAGGACUUGGUGAAGAAGAGACGGAUUUCAGGGCCAUAGUUCUACUGAGAAAAACAUGCUGAAUACAGUUCAUUUCAAGGAUGAAUCCUCUAAAGACGAGGCCGCAAGGCUGUGAUGUCAUCUGUGGUUCCAUCUUCAGAGAUGCGUCUCACCUGAGUUUAGACUGAUCUUGAGACUCAAACCGAAGCGUCCUUUAAGGUUGAGUCCUUGCAUUUGAGAUGUUGCCUCGCUUGGAAAACAAACAUUCCACUAGCUGGCUGUUGCUGUCGCCUGCUGUUAUUCUGUGUUAAUCUGAGUGAACCAAAAUCUCAGAAGUUGGGGGAGGGAGGGGACUGACUUGUCUUUCAUUGUGUUCUGGCUGUUUUGACAUGACCGCCCAUAUGCCCCCCACCCCACCCGCGUGGUUGCUCCCAGUGAGGUUGUUUGCUGCUGCGCUCAGUUCUAAUGUAAAUGGUGUUUGUACAGAUGUUGUAAAUGUCCGUUUGAUUCCCCUCCAAGCACCGUCACACGUUCCCGGAGGUCCCGAUCGCUCCGAUACUUCGACUUCGGUCACGUCUUGAUCCGUUCUCAUGUAAAUACCGAAUCAACGCUCCACACUUGCUAAUCGUUUCCACUGUCAUGCUGGCAUUACUACAGUCACUUGAUUUGUUCAAUCAGCACCUUAGAGAUUUGUCACGAUUAACUUGAUGCAUUUUUCACUUCUGAAGGCCAAUGUAUGACAAAUAAACAAUUAGUUUUACUUCGG